CGGGCGCCUAGAGAUAUGGUAGUUUCUGCGAUUGCUCCAAAUGGUCACCUCCGAUUUGUGAGUCGACAUGGAGAGUUGUUGGACAAACGACCGGACGACCAGAUGACUGAUGCAUCCAGCCUCGCGAUUUCUCUUUGGACUGCAGCAUUACUCUGCACUUUUAUUGGCGUCCUAUGCAUCAUCGUUCUAGCGGGUGAGAUUCGUUUCUAA